GCGGCGGCGGAUCCCGAGCGGGGCUGCGGCGGGGGGCGGAGGCGGCCGCCGCCAUCGCCGUCGGCACUGUCACCAUGCUGAGCCGCAGCUCCUUCACCAGCCUGGUGGUGGGCGUGUUCGCCGUGUACGUGGCGCACACCUGCUGGGUCAUGUACGGCAUCGUCUACACGCGGCCCUGCCCGGCGGCGGCGGACGGCGCGGCCGGGGGAUGCGUCUGGCCCUACUUGGCUCGGAGGCCCAAGCUUCAGUUAAGCGUGUACACUACCACACGGUCAAGCAUUGGUGCUGAGAGUAAUAUAGAUCUCGUUUUGAAUGUGGAGGAUUUUGAUAUUGAGUCCAAAUUUGAAAGGACGGUGAAUGUCUCUGUACCAAAGAAAACCCGAAAUAAUGGCACAUUAUAUGCAUUUGUAUUUCUUCACCAUGCUGGCAUUUUGCCUUGGCAUGAUGGUAAGCAGGUGCAUAUAGUAAGCCCUCUGACCACGUACAUGGUCCCCAAACCAGAAGAGAUUAAUUUGCUCACUGGUGAAUCAGCCACACAGCAAAUUGAAGCAGAAAAGCAGACCAAUGCCCUGGAUGAGCCCAUCUCUCACUGGAGGUCAAGACUAACCUUAAAUGUCAUGGUGGAAGAUUUUGUGUUUGAUGGGUCAUCUCUCCCUGCUGAUGUUCACCGUUACAUGAAAAUGGUUCAGUUGGGGAAGACAGUGCAUUACCUUCCAAUAUUAUUUAUUGAUCAGCUAAGCAACAGAGUGAAAGAUUUGAUGGUUAUAAAUCGUUCAACAACAGAGCUACCUCUUACAGUGUCGUAUGACAAAAUAUCUCUUGGAAAACUCCGAUUUUGGAUUCACAUGCAAGAUGCUGUGUACUCCCUCCAGCAAUUUGGGUUUUCAGAAAAGGACGCAGAUGAAGUAAAAGGAAUUUUUGUUGAUACAAACUUGUACUUUCUGGCUUUGACAUUCUUUGUAGCAGCAUUCCAUCUUCUCUUUGAUUUCCUUGCAUUUAAAAAUGACAUCAGUUUUUGGAAGAAAAAGAGGAGCAUGAUUGGGAUGUCUACAAAAGCAGUGCUUUGGCGGUGCUUUAGUACUGUGGUAAUAUUUCUUUUCCUUUUGGAUGAACAAACAAGUUUAUUGGUACUGAUCCCAGCAGGCAUUGGUGCAGUGAUUGAGCUCUGGAAAGUGAAGAAGGCCUUGAAAAUGACAAUCAGGUGGCAAGGUUUGAAACCCAAAUUUCAGUUUGGUGCAUACAAUGACUCUGAAAAGAAAACUGAGGAAUAUGAUGCCCAGGCUAUGAAAUACUUGUCAUAUUUGCUCUAUCCACUGUGUAUUGGAGGUGCAGGUUACUCCUUGCUGAAUGUCAAAUACAAAAGCUGGUACUCCUGGUUGAUUAACAGUUUUGUCAAUGGAGUGUAUGCUUUUGGAUUCCUGUUUAUGCUGCCCCAACUAUUUGUAAACUACAAGAUGAAAUCUGUUGCACACUUACCAUGGAAGGCUUUCACAUACAAAGCAUUCAACACCUUUAUUGAUGAUAUAUUUGCUUUUAUCAUCACUAUGCCAACAUCUCAUAGGCUGGCAUGCUUUAGAGAUGAUGUUGUGUUCUUGGUCUAUCUCUACCAAAGAUGGCUUUAUCCUGUGGAUAAGAGCAGAGUAAAUGAGUACGGAGAAUCUUAUGAUGAAAAGUUAAAAAAAAAAAGUUCAUAGAGAAUAACUAAGAACUGAAGAAGAUUCUGACCCCUGGACUCUUCCUCGCUUUGUGUAUUGCCUGGUCUUAAGGAAGGAAAAACUUAUUUAAUUAAAAGUAUUUUUAAAGCUUAUGACAGAACUACAUAGACAAUACAUCUUCUAUAUUGCCAAAAUCUAGUUUUGAUACCCUCCUCUUUCAAGAUCCUCUUCUGUCCUCACAAGGUCUGCAGUCUGCCAGAUGACAUUAUAUAAACUUCCUGCAUUUCAGCUUCUCUUCAGUGAAAACCUAAGCAUCCUGAACAUUGUAAUUAAGAUCCAAAUCUGUGUUUUUAAGACAACUCACGAACUGAAACUGUGGUACCUGUGCCACUAGGCUAUGAAAACUGAAAAAACAAUAUACUGUGUUACAGCAGAAUCAAGGAUUAUUGCCAAACCUGGGGCUGUCAAAAAUAAAAGGUAUAAUAUUGGAUUAUAUUCUACUUAAAAAUUCCUAGCUAAAAAAAUAGAUUGCUGGAAAUAUAGGAUAAGGUACAUGGCAGUGUUAAACUUCAAAUUCUGCCAUGUUCUUGGCCUACAAUAUGGCAGUGGGUUUCAGUUUUCUUAAAGUGAGUGAAGGUGUGGAAAAACUGUAACAUGAUUUCUUUCAAUAUGUAUGUGAGUUUAUAGAAAUCCUUCUGCAUUGUUGACAAACCUGAUUUCUUGACAUAGCAGGUAUUCAUGUAAUGCAAAUCAUUGUUACAUGCUGGGAAAGUCUCUUAACACUUCUUAAAUUCUUCAUCAUUUGGUACUACAGUGACCUACUAGGCCAAUUCUGUCAUGUUUCAACGAGAAUAAUUCCUCAGUCCUUUCCCCUCUCCCUCCCUGCCCUAUCCUGUUUUUUAGAUGAAACACACAUCAUUCAAAUGGAAUUAUUUUGCUCAAGUACAGGUUCAACAAAGUACACUAAUACAGAGGAAAAAAAAACAGCCUGGCAAAGAACAAUUCAUACCUUUCAAUUUAAAAUCUGUAUUCCAUGGGAAUUAAAUUCAUUAAGGGAGGUAUUUUAACCUGUUUCUUUCAAAUUUGUAAAAAAUAAUCAGGUUGAAUUAUUAUUCCAAAAUCCAAACUCCACAGCUAUAUCUAGAAACCACUUAAAAAAAUGGUUAGAAAAAUUUUAAAUUUAAAAUCUUCAACGAUUCUUAAAAGAAAGUUUCUUAACACUAAGGGAAAUACAGAGUGCAUUCUGUUCAGCAGCAAAUAAAAUACAAUUUAAAAAAAUCCAAAAGACAGAAUUCUAAUUUUGCUUUGGCCAGUAAGUUUACAAAUAAACCAUAAUGAUUCUUAAGUUUAUUAAAUUGCAUGCUGUUUGUGCAAGGCUGUUUAACCUCAAUUUGUCAGGAAUUGAAAAUGUUCAUCCUGUGGUCUGUUACUACUUUGUGAAGUGGAUUUUAUCCAGCCCUGGUACUGCAAAAUCUGAACGUAUAAAUAUUUUGGUCCUAAAAAGAUAAAGAAGUUUGCCUGCCUAUUGUGUUUUGCUACAGACUACAGUCUUUCCUGGACUGAAGUCCUCCUUACACACUGCUGGGAAUGGAAAGGAGUCUUGAAGUGAAUAUUUAUCUCAUGUUAAAGUGUCUUUAUGCUGUUAAUUGUAACUACAGAUUAUUGACUUUAGCAUUAAACACACCUAAGUAAGUCUAUGCAAAAGUGGGGCUGCAUUUGCUGUAUCUUGUACCUGUUUUGAAUUUGUUUGGAAUGAGCUCUUUACUGCUAAGCAAUCUAAUAUUUCACAUUAAGUAAAUUGUGUGUGGAAAGUUUUCCUGAUAUAAAGAAUGCAUAUAGCACAUUCCCUUUUUGUGCCAUUUCAAAACAACCAAGUCAUUGGUUCUUCUAGAGUAGCUUCUCAAAGUCCAGAAUACCGUAUUUGGGUAUUUCUGAUGUUUCAUUGCUCAUUUUUGUACAAGCUGUUGAAAAAUUUCUCUUACACCUUUACUGUGAGUUUCCUAGUCUUCUGUCUUGCAUUUCUUGACACUGACCUCAUGAUAUCCUAUACAAUAGUCAUAAAGCUUAUAAAAUUAGAACAUUUUAAGUCUUUAAAAUGAGCAAGACUUUCCUGUUCAAUUCAUUGUUUUAUGCAUUCCAUUUCCAAAUAAAAGACUUGGCAUACAGGAUAAAGAG